AUGCCAUUGUGCAUUUACGACCCUGUCUGGUUCCCGGAUCACGGCAGUGUGGCAGGCUGGGACGGAGCCUCUCACAUCGAGCGCAAACCAGCGGGCAUAAUCCCCUUCGUACCGUGGGCACUCGCACCUGCGUGCUUGGCGGCGCGUUCCGUGCCAAGGCCCGCGCCGACUUUUCGUGAGCGCCUCUCCUCCAGCAGCAUCGAGGAAUACACCACCGCCAUGAUUAUACGGCACCUUGUUGCGCGCAAUGGCCCUCGAGCCGCCGCGCGCAUGUCCGUCCAGUGCCCCAGGCGCUUUCUAUCAGCCGCGGUCGACUCGAUCGAAGCAUCCGCCGACAACAGCUUAAAGCAGCUCCAAUCUCUCGAGGCCCAGCUCAAUUCCCAGUCUGCCCAGCCAAUACCCUCCGCCAACCCCGAAACGCAUGUGACGUCCCCUUCAGCACUAUCAAACUCCGUCGCAGAGCAGUACUACAUAUACAAGCAGCAGCAAAAGCAGAUUGGGAAGCUAGGCUCAGACAUCACCCCCCACUACCAGCCACACACGCUCCUGAACAAUCCCCCUUCGCCUGCCGACGUCACCCUCGAGCUCCUCCUUGCGUCUGAAGCCCACCAAGGCCAUGCCACCUCGCUCUGGAACCCCGCAAACGCCCGCUACAUCCACGGCAUAAGACAAGGCAUCCACAUAAUUUCUCUCGAGGUCACCGCCGCCCAUCUGCGACGUGCUGCCAAGGUGGUUCAGGAGGUGUCAAGAAGAGGUGGCAUGGUGCUGUUCGUUGGGACGCGCGAUGGGCAAGACAGGGCUGUUGUACGAGCGGCGCAGCUGGCGAAGGGAUACCACCUGUUUGAGCGUUGGAUACCCGGCUCCAUCACGAACGGACAGCAGAUCCUCGGCCGGUGCCGGACAAAAGUCGUGAACGAGAAAGAUGAAGAGAUCCCUGGGUUUGAAGAACAGCUAUAUGAAAGGCCGGUGCUGAAGCCUGACCUAGUCGUCUGCCUCAACCCACUGGAGAACUACGUCCUGCUGCACGAGUGCGCCCUGAACAACAUUCCCACUAUUGGUGUCAUUGACACGAAUGCCGAUCCUACAUGGGUUACAUAUCCUAUCCCUGCGAACGAUGACAGUCUCCGUUGCAUCCAAGUCAUUGCCGGCGUCCUAGGCCGCGCCGGUGAAGCAGGCCAGAAGCAACGUCUCGCCGCCGCAGAAAGAGGCGAGAUCACUUAUCGCCCGGCCAAGAACCUCCACAUGCCCGAGGAACAAGAAGCAGCAGAGAAGACACCCCUCGAAGUCCAGCAGCAAAUCGCUAAGAAUCUCGAAGAAGACGAGAGUCUGGAGGACGCAGACGAGAUGGGAGAAAAACUCGACGAAGCGAAGAACCGCGAACGCAGUGGGAGAAGCAUCAAGAAAAUUGACUGAAGCGGUGUAUAUAAGUAAAGACUAGGAUGUAAAUGUAUGUACAAUACCAUAUUGGAGCAUUGCAGCAGUCGCCGAUUCUGCAUUGCUGCGCUGCCAAAUCCGCGCACGCUCGUCUCCUAGUUCAUCU